CAAACGCCGCACAUCGACAAGCUGGCAAGGGAGGGAGUUCGCUUCACCGAUGGCUACGCGACUGCGGCAGUGUGUGGACCGAGCAGGAGCGGGAUCAUCACUGGCACCUACCAGCAAAGGUUCGGGAUGCAGGCGAACCCCGACGGCAACAGAUACACGGUCCCUGCGAUGCACAAGGUCAUGCCAGAGGCGCUGUCCGCAGCUGGGUACAAGACGGGAAUGUUUGGGAAGUGGAACAUGCCGCAAGGGAAGGGUGCUGAGGAACUCUUCACCGAGGCGAACGGUGUCAUGGACUGGGUGGGCGAUUUCUGGCCGAACGCGGACGGCAGGUUCAAUGGGUACCUAACGGACAAGCUCACGCGGCACGCCGUCGACUUCAUCGAGAAGUACAAGGACGUUCCCUUCUUCAUCUAUCUCGCGUACAACGCGCCGCACAACCCGUGGCAGGCCAAGCUCAGCGAUCGCAACGAAACAAUCGCGCAGCUGUGGAACGAGCCAAAGGCCAUCUACGCGGCUAUGGUGAAGGCGGUGGAUGACGGUGUGGGGCGGGUGCUGGACAGGCUAUACAAGGACAGAAUUGACUCUCGUACCCUCGUCGCCUUCGUCUCGGACAAUGGGCCUGACUCGGGACACCGCCCGCAACCGGGGUGGAAGGCGGAGUGGCCGAAUCCGGUCGUGAUGGGAGACGAGGGGGCGCUUUCCGGUGGCAAGAAUCAGCUGGCAGAGGGCGGCAUCCGCGUGCCCUUCAUCAUGCGGUGGCCGGGCACGAUCCCUCGCGGUGAGGUAUACACAGAGCCGGUGAUGAGCUUCGAUUUUUACACGACUUUCUUGGCCGCCGCGGGCGCCGACAUUCCAAGCGGGACGGACCUCAGCGGCGCGAACCUCCUGCCGUUCGUGAGAGGGGAGGCGACGAGCCGACGGCCGCACGACCUGCUCUUCUGGAAGUCGAAGAGACAUUUUGCUGUGCGCUGGGGCGAUUGGAAGCUUUCCACCGUUUAUGCCCGCGGCAGCGAGGGUGGGGUGGCGCUCUACAAUCUGAGAGAUGACAUCGGCGAGAGGCACGAUCAGUCAACCAUGCGCCCUGACAUCAAGCGCAACCUACUGGAUGAAUACCGAACGUGGUGCGCGCGCAUGCCCGUCUCCGCCAGCGGCAUCAGCAACUGCUAA